CGGGUGUAUUGUAUAUAGUGGGGAAUUCCCAGUCAGUGCUGUCCUGUGUUGAAGUGUUACUGUAUAUCUGUUCAGCACUUUAGAGCUCGGACGUAAAACUUAAGACAAGGGUGUUCGCAUAACAUGGAUGUGCAUCACCUAUCAAUGCACAGGGACCCCAAUUUAAUGGGAGAGCCCUGUGUUCAGAUCUUCGAGCAGCCAAAACAGAGAGGCAUGCGCUUCAGGUAUAAAUGCGAGGGCCGUUCAGCAGGCAGCAUACCUGGUGAAAGAAGCUCAGACAAUAACAGAACCUACCCAAGCAUUCAGAUUCUGAAUGUUACCGGGAAAGGAAAAGUGCGUGUUACCCUUGUGACCAAAAGCGACCCGUAUAAACCACAUCCUCAUGACUUGGUGGGAAAAGACUGCAAGGAUGGUUAUUACGAAGCAGAGUUUGGUCCUGAACGAAGAGUUAUCGCUUUUCAGAACCUGGGUAUCCAGUGUGUACGGAGAAGAGAAGUGAGAGACGCCAUAAUGCAGAGGAUUACGCGAAGAAUCAACCCCUUCAAUGUUCCCCGAGAACAGCUGUUACAGACUGAGGAAUAUGAUCUGAAUGUGGUGCGUCUUUGCUUCCAAGUUUUCCUCCAAGAUGAGAGUGGGAUGUACAACACCGCGCUGCCUCCCAUCGUCUCCAACCCCAUCUAUGACAACAGGGCCCCCAAUACAGCCGAACUUCGAAUCUGCCGGGUGAACAAGAACAGUGGCAGUGUAAAGGGAGGCGAUGAGAUUUUCCUCCUCUGCGAUAAAGUGCAGAAAGAUGACAUUGAGGUGAGAUUCUUCACUCAGACCUGGGAAGCCAAAGGCUGCUUCUCUCAGGCAGACGUGCACAGGCAAGUGGCCAUAGUGUUCAAGACACCCGCCUACUGUGACACCACCAUCACAGCCCCUGUUACAGUGCGCAUGCAGCUGCGCAGACCCACCGACCAGGAGGUCAGCGAGCCCAUGGAGUUCCGGUAUCUACCUGAUGACAAAGAUCCAUAUGGCUGUCAAGAGAAGAAACGUAAAAUUGAAAGCCAGAUGAAAUCCUUCUCUAGCUUCUCCCAAGGAGCCAUGAGCUUCAUGAACAGACCAAAAGCAGUGCCUUCAACCAACAUGGUGAAUCCAAGAAUCAAACUUGAGCCACAGAGCCAUUAUUAUCAUCGUCCAUCCAACCAAGGAGUGAUGCGCCAAAAUCCGACAGGCUAUUAUAACAAAGCUCCUGCGUCCUGCUCCAUGAUGCCACCCCUAACAGAAAACCCACCGUCAGGAGCGCUCAAUCAAGCAUGGCCCAGUCCAGUCACCAACACCACUGGAGCCACUAAUGGAGUUGGCCUACAGCAGAUGAACCCAAGUCCCAGCAUGCCCACCACAGGGGAAAGUGGAAGCAGCCUUCCUCUACUGACAGCUAUGGAUCUGGAGUUUCUUCAGCCUAAUGGUUCAACCAACAGCCAACCACGACAGGACCAACCAAACCCGCAGAACCAGCAGGUCCAGCAAUCCCAACAGCCAUCUCAAAGGCAAGGAGUAGAAGGAGCCCAUAACUGGUAUAACUACAGCCACCAACAGCCUCAAAACACACAGAAUGGGGCAACAGGCACUGGUGGAUUAAUGGGAACAGGCUACUCGUAUACAGGCAACAUAGAAGAUGAGAUAUUUCAAAACCUCAUGGGAAAUCAGCAAGGGCUUCCACUGAAACAGGAAGCUCAAGGGGCGAGCAACAUGGCUGUGCUGGGGCCCAGCUCGGACUGUGGACAGUCCUUCACCGCGCUCCUGAACUCCACCACCACCAAUGGAAGUACAGCAGAGACCAUGAGACAAAUGGAAUCUGGUGCCCCCAAUCAGAGGGUCUCGCAGAUUCCGUACACUGCCAGCGGCAUGGGGCAGGAGAGCCAUCUCGAUGCUUUUUCCUGGGGGUACUACCCCGACUAGAGGCAAAUUCAAUAAGUGUUCAAGAUGAUUUUGUUUUUGAAACGUAGGCUUUGAUUCAUUCACUGAAUGUAUAUUUACAAAAAAAACAGGAGGGUUUGUUGUCCUGGAAAUACUGUAAGAAGCUGUGACCAAUUAGGUUAAGCAGUGAGAUUUUAUGAAACGUUUAUGUACAUAACAAUCUGAUGGUCAUAUUGGAGAAGUUUGGGACUGUUUGUCCACAAACACUCGAUUAUGGCAGGGUAAUUGUGUUCCUUAAAGUAGGAACUAACAGGGAAUUGUCCCUGGGUAAUGGCUAUGUCAUUUUAAACAUGCUUCUUAUCCAAGGUUCUCAACUGUACUGUUCAAAGAGUUUUCAUUGGUAACUUAAAAGUGAUGGCUUUAGAAAACUAAGACCAAUGUCUCAUUCUGUUUUUACUUUAUUCUACAUACACAAGUUUUUUACAUUGCAUUUUUCUAAGGGUGAGCUUUUGUAUUUUUAUAAAAUUACUGUUUAUACUACUGAACAUGGAUUUUGUGAUUUCAUGUAUGUAAUGUUACAUUCUGAGCUGAUUUGUGGCUACACAAAUCGGUCAUUUUAAUGCAUCAUCUGUUUCUGUUUCACAUUCCAAAGUUCGGGUAAAUAAAAGUCUAACUCUCUAA